CAAACGUUUUGACUCCAAAAAGUGAUCUCUUCUCUCUCUCUCUCUCUCUCUCUCUCUCAAUUACCCAACAAACCAUUUUAUCAUCCUUCUCAGCCAGUUCGGCAUAGAGUCUACACCCACAAACCACAUCCCAACCCCUCCUCUUUUCCACCCAGCCUUUAGACCCAGAUUUGUCGGGAACUGGUUUGAGUUAAAUUGAACCGACUUCAGAUCAGAAUGGAAAAGCCUGUUGUAUCCUUUAUUAUAAACAGACUUGGAGUUUUGUUGGUGGAAGAAGCAAAAUUCUUAUACGGAGUAAGCGAGCAAGUUGAACAAAUUCGAGUCGAGUUAAAGCGAAUGCAAUGUUUCUUGGAAGACGCAAUACAAUCAGAUGAUGUAGAUGCGAGGGUCAGCAAUUGGGUUGUGGAAAUCAGACAACUUGCUUACGAAACCGAAGACAUCCUCGAUACUUUUGUCAUCAAAGUUUCAUCCAAAAGGAACAGAAGAGGUGUUCGAAACACCCUUAAAAGAUUCGCUUGCAUCUUCAACGAAUGGUUACAAGUUCACGGGGUCGGACGUGAGAUCGAUGCCAUUAAAACCAAGAUCACCGAUCUCACCGCGAGUUUGCAUACUUACGGCUUGAAAAGUAUAGGUGAAGGCACAAGAAGUUUGGCAGUUGAGAAGCACCAAGAAUUGAAGCGAUCAUAUCAACAUGUUGUUGAAGAGGAUUUUGUUGGGUUUGAGGAAAACUUGAACACAGUGGUGAAACAAUUGGUACAAAUCAACGACUACACUCCUUGUCGAGUCGUUUCUAUUUGCGGCAUGGGUGGUUUGGGAAAGACCACUUUGGCUAAAAAGGUGUAUCAUCACAAAGAUGUCCAGGGUCACUUUGAUGGUUUGGCAUGGAUAUGCAUAUCUCAACAAUACCAAACAAGAGAGAUAUUGCAAGGAAUUUUUAUCAAACUUGUUUCGGAGAGGAAGGAAGAUGUUGUUAGAAUGAGAGAUGAAGAGUUGUUUGAGCAGCUGUAUGAAGUCCAGCAGAGGAAAAAAUGCUUAGUUGUACUAGAUGAUAUUUGGUCAGUGGAGGCAUGGCAAAGCUUGAGACCAGCCUUUCCGAAUGGAAACACCGGCAGCAAAAUAUUGCUAACGACUCGAAAUAAAGCGCUAGCUUCACAGAUAGAUCCAAGUCAUUUCCACCAUGAACCCCAGUGUCUAAAUGAUGAGGAAAGUUGCGAUCUCUUUCUAAAGAAAGCAUUACUAAGAAGGGAUGGUAGAGACUCUGGAGCACUUGACACAAACAUGGAGGCAAUAGGGCGGAGAAUGGUAAAGUUGUGUGGUGGUUUACCUUUAGCAAUCAUUGUACUUGGUGGACUUUUGGCAGCAAAGCAUACAUUAAGGGAAUGGGAGAUGGUAUACCAAAAUGUUCGGUCGCAUAAAUGGAGCAACGACCACAUACAACAUGAUGAUGGAGUAUCAAAGGUGUUAGCUUUAAGCUACCAUGACUUGCCUUACCAGUUGAAGCCAUGUUUUCUUUAUUUCAGCCACUUUUUGGAGGAUUCUGUGAUAGAUGCCAAAAAAAUAUAUCACUUGUGGAUGGCUGACGGCAUACUGGCAACUGAUGAUAGAAUGGAAGAUGAAACAAUGAUGGAUGUGGCAGAGCGCUACUUGGGUGCGUUAGCACAAAGGUGCAUGGUUCAAGUACCGGUAGAGAAGUUUACUCAAAGGAUCAAAUAUUGCCGCAUUCAUGAUCUCAUGCUAGAGCUAUGUUUAUCAAAGGCAAAAAUAAAUGAUUUUAUUGGGAUCGUUUAUCUCCAAUGUGAAACUGAUCUAGCUUAUUGCUUUUCGACCACACCGACAACUACUACUAAAAUACGCAAACUUGCAAUUCAUUUGAAUAUGGAUGUCGAAAAAGUUGUCCUCCCUGACUUGGAGACAACUAAACAGUUGAGAUCGAUAUUAUUCUACAAUCCAAUAAGCUAUGGCAGGCAUUCAAUAGAGUUGAACUCCCAUUUCAAGUACUUAAAAUUGCUUAGGGUUUUGGAUCUUGAAAGAUUAGAGUUUGAUGAAAAGUCACUUGAAUCAAUAGGUAACCUAGUUAGUUUGAGGUACUUGAGUUUAAGAAGUUGUUCCAUACCGAAGUGGCAUUCGUCUAUCUGCAAGUUAAAAUACUUGCAAACCUUGGAUUUACUCAAUUGCUACUUCAACUCAGGUGAAGUAAUAGUCUUACAUCAGAUGGAACGGUUGAGGCAUUUGUAUAUUAGUUAUAACUUGAUUUUAAGACACAAAUUCAAAUUGGAUGGCUUGAGCAACCUUGAGACAUUAGAAGGGUUCAACACAAGGAACUGUGACGUCAACGAUCUAUGCAAAUUGAUCAAUCUUCAGCAACUAGAAGAGGCAACUUUUUGGAAGACUGACAAUCAGGACUUUGCAGCAUUCAUCAACUACCUAAACAUCAGUGCAAGCCACCUCCGACAAACAUCCUUAUCAGUUAAUUUUUCUUCUGAAGAAGGAGAGUUGACUCUUCUUAAACAACUGUUAGGGUGUCACCAUCUUUACAACUUGACUAUAAAUGGAUCUAUUCCUGAAUUACCAGAGUACCGGAGUUUAUCUCCUAGUCUUAUCAAGUUAAAGUUGUUUGGAUGUAACCUUAAAAAAGACCCAAUGCCAACAUUGGAGAGGCUACCUAACCUACAACUCCUUGAUUUAAAUGCUAAUGCCUUUGUGGGGGAAAAAAUGGUUUGCUCUGCUAAUGGUUUCCCCCAACUCAAAACUCUAUAUCUUUAUAGGUUGCACCACUUAAAAGAGUGGGAGGUGGAAAAAGGAGCCAUGCUCAAUCUUUCUUCUUUGUACAUUACUUGUUGCAAAAGAUUGGAAAUGGUUCCAGAUGGAUUGAGAUUCAUUGCUACCUUUCAACAAUUUACAACUGGAGAUAUGAGUACAAAAUUUAAUAACAAGAUUCUAAAGGUCAAUGGUGAAGAAGGAGAAGACUUUUACAAAGUGCGACAUGUGACUACCAUCAGCAUUAGAUGAUUUCAUAUUGGCCAAUGGGAAGUGAACAAUCGAAACAUUGGAAAUUUGAGUUGGAGUUCAUGAUAGUUGAUUUUGUUCUAUAAGUUGUGUUACUAGAUUUGAUUUGUAUUGAUUGUAUUUAAGUUUGAGUUGAACUUCAUUACAAAUGUUGAUUUCUAUUAAAUAA